UGAUGAUGGUACAGAACAGCUUUGAACGGUCUCUAUCGGUCAGUACUAUUAAUACCGACAGUUGUCGAUAAACGUGUAGGGAAUAGGGCCUUUUCUUUAGAUACUGAAAAUUCUAGAUGGUACAAGUAACACGAACAAACCUAUAAUGUGAUUAUGGUAACUAAAACGAACAGACGUUUUAGAACGUAGCGCGUAGGUCUGUUCUUUUCAGCUAAACUUACACAAUUCAUCUUUUCUCCUUUUCUCUCCAUAUUGGAGAGAAAAGAAAGAAAGAUGAUGAGUCGUGCGAGAAAUUCAGCUAAAAAGAACAGGCCUAGCUCAAGCUGUUUAUAACUCGUAUGAUGAUGUCUCGACGGAAUAUGUAUACGAGCGUGAUACAAACUUCGUUAGUACGUUUUAACUACUCGGGGUGUGUUGGUCCGUGUCUUUUGGGCAUCCGUUGUUCUUAACGAGUGCACGAAUCAAAAUUCGCAUAGAGAAUCGCGGUGGUGUUUCUUAUGAGCGUAACGAACGGUCCGCGACACGAAUUAUGGCGAAAGAUGAAGGGGACGACGUGUUGCCGGACAAGGACGCGGCGAAAGGAUUCUACGCCAAGUAUGAACCCAAAGAGAUCCUGGGCAGGGGGAUAUCUUCUACUGUGAGAAGAUGCAUAGAGAAAGAGACAGGUAUAGAGUAUGCAGCUAAAAUUAUAGACAUCAGCAAUGAAAUCAAUGAGGAUGGGCACACCAUGAAGGAUGCUACGCUGCAAGAAGUACAAAUACUUCGUAGAGUAGCUGGACAUCCUUACAUUAUUGAACUGCACGAUGUUUUUGAAUCUAGUACAUUUAUAUUUUUAAUUUUUGAAUUAUGCAAGAAUGGAGAGUUAUUCGAUUAUCUUACGUCGGUUGUGACACUUUCUGAAAAGAAGACACGUUAUAUCAUGAGACAAGUAUUUGAAGGGAUUCAACAUGUACAUAACCAAGGGAUAGUACACAGAGAUUUGAAACCUGAAAAUAUAUUGCUCGAUGAUAACUUGAACGUAAAGAUAACAGACUUUGGGUUUGUCGAGAAUAUUGAGCCUGGUGAUAAAUUAGAAGAUCUUUGUGGAACACCUGGUUAUCUAGCACCAGAAGUAUUAAAGUGUAAUAUGUUUGAGAAUGCUGAAGGUUAUGGAUUUGAAGUUGAUAUAUGGGCUUGUGGCGUGAUUAUGUUUACACUAUUAGUUGGCUGUCCUCCAUUUUGGCAUCGGAAGCAAAUGGUCAUGCUUAGAAAUAUAAUGGAGGGAAAUUAUUCAUUUACAUCUCCUGAAUGGGCUGACAUAACAGAGGCUCCAAAAGAUUUAAUAAGAAAGUUAUUGGUUGUUGAUCCUAAGAGAAGAAUUUCUAUAAAGGAUGCAUUGGAACAUUCAUUUUUCCAUACUGUUCUGUGGGAUCAAGACAUCGCUCCUCUAAAACGUUCUUUGUCGUCUAAUUCGCGACGUCUGAGUAGGAUAUCUCAAUUAGCUUUGGAAUUGAAGGCGAAAUCGUUUAAUGCAAGAAAGAGAUUCCAACUAGCAAUUAUUUGUGUGAGAGCUGUUAUUCGUAUCAAACGGCUUCAUAUCACACCUGAACCACUUUCGACACAAGUAGCUUGUACCGACCCGUAUAGAAUAAAGAUCCUGCGAAAGGUAAUUGACGGCUGCGCGUUUCGUGUUUACGGUCAUUGGGUUAAAAAGGGAGAAGGUCAGAAUCGCGCUGCGCUUUUUGAAAACACAUCAAAGACAGAAUUGAAGCAUCUAUAUGUUAGUAAUUUAAGUAGAUAACUAUUGUUUUGUUAAAUUACUCUAGUUAAAUUUAUUAUUAUUAGAAUCUCCGAUGAGCCUAAUUGAAUAUGUUUCAGAGACAGAUAUAAUUGUAACACGUUUAAAACAGAAAUAUUUUCUAAGAUUGAAGUACAAUGGCUAUACAGUACUCGAGUUGAUUAGAAUUUUGCCGAAAUUAAUAUCUUUCUAAGAUUGUCUGUAAAUGCUUUGACGUUUAUAUAAAAUUGGAUUAAAAUAGGAUUUAAAAUUAAAAUUAAAAUAGGAAAAAAUUUGUAUGAAGUAUUUAAAUUUUAAAUCAGAAAAUGAAAUAUUUUCUGAUAUUUUUAAAUAUGUUACAAGUUUUAUAAUGUGACAAUAUAUGUCUCUAUCAUAUGUGAUAAUAUGGUAGAGUAACUAUUUUGCUAAAAGUUA